GACCCUAAAAAACCUUUAGAAAGAAAAGGAGAAAACAGAGAGCCGAAAGUCUAGAAAGAUGGCUGAAGAUAACACAGUCGAAAUUCCUAGAGUUAAAUUGGGAAAUCAAGGACUUGAGGUCUCAAAAUUGGGGUUUGGGUGCAUGGGCCUGACUGGAGUCUACAACUCUCCUGUUGCUGAUGAGGAUGGAAUCUCGAUAAUCAAAGAUGCCUUCAGUAAAGGAAUCACUUUCUUUGACACAUCUGAUGUAUAUGGACCUCAUUUGAAUGAGGUUCUUAUUGGGAAGGCCUUGAAGCAGUUGCCAAGAGAAAAAAUUCAAUUAGCCACAAAGUUUGGUAUUACUGGAACCGUUGACCCUCCUGCUAUUGCAAUCAAGGGUACUCCUGAGUAUGUCCGUUCAGUUUGCGAAGCUAGCUUGAAGCGUCUUGGUGUGGACUACAUUGAUCUGUAUUACCAACAUCGGGUGGACACUUCAAGGGCAAAAGAGGAAACUAUUGGUGAGCUGAAGAAACUGGUGGAAGAAGGGAAAGUAAAGUACAUCGGUUUAUCAGAAGCUAGCCCGGAUACAAUAAGCAGGGCACAUGCAGUUCAUCCCAUCACAGCUGUACAAAUGGAGUGGUCCCUCUGGACUCGUGAUAUUGAGGAAGAGAUUAUUCCACUUUGCAGGAAGCUUGGCAUAGGUAUAGUUCCGUAUAGUCCUCUUGGUCGUGGGUUUUUUGGUGGCAAAGCAGUUUUAGAAAGUGUGCCUGCAAAUAGCUUCUUGGUAAAUGUUUCUUCACCAAUUUUUCUGCUUAGUUCAUUGUACGUAAUACCAAAUGUUCCCAAUUAUAUUCUUUAA